AUGGAUUUUGGAUUUCCCCGCCCCAAAGAAGUAACUGUAACACUGAACAGCAAAUUCUACGACAACCGCGCCGCGGGAAACACAGACGCUAGGGAGCUUAUUGCCGAAUUGGAUCAACCCACAACAAAGAAAAAGCACCUCCUGAUCCUCUUCUUGGUUAUUUUUAAUCACUGCACAGUUUCACAAUUUAGAAUUAAAUAUUUAAAAAUAAAAUCCUUUCCACCCACUACGCCGUUUUUCUCCAACCGCCCACGGGUUAUCAACCAUUUUCAUCCUAUUUCCACUUUCUCGUUGUUUGCACGGGUUAUCAACCAUUUUCCUCCUAUUUCCCCUUUCUUGUUAUUUGCACGGGUUAUCUACCAUUUUCAUCCUAUUUCCCCUUUCUCGUUAUUUGCACGGGUUAUCAACCAUUUUCAUCCUAUUUCCCCUUUCUCGUUAUUUGCACGGGUUAUCAACAAUUUUCAUCCUAUUUCCCCUUUCUCGUUAUUUGCACGGGUUAUCAACCAUUUUCAUCCUAUUUUCCCUUUCUCGUUAUUUGCACGGGUUAUCAACCAUUUUCAUCCUAUUUCCCCUUUCUCGAAUUAUCAACCAUUUUCAUCCUAUUCCCCUUUCUCGUUAUUUGCACGGGUUAUCAACCGUAUUCACCCUAUUUCCCCUUUCUCGUUAUUUGCACGGGUUAUCAACCAUUUUCAUCCUAUUUCCCCUUUCUCGUUAUUCGCACGGGUUAUCAACCAUUUUCAUCCUAUUUCCGCUUUCUCGUUAUUUGCAGGAGUUAUCAACCAUUUUCAUCCUAUUUCCCCUUUCUCGUUAUUUGCAAGAGUUAUCAACCAUUUUCAUCCUAUUCCCCCUUUCUCGUUAUUUGCACGGGUUAUCAACCAUAUUCACUCUAUUUCCCCUUUCUCGUUAUUCGCACGGGUUAUCAACCAUUUUCAUCCUAUUUCCACUUUCUCGUUAUUCUCACGGGUUAUCAACCAUUUUCAUCCUAUUUCCCCUUUCUCGUUAUUCGCACGGGUUAUCAACCAUUUUCAUCCUAUUUCCCCUUUCUCGUUAUUUACAGAAGUUAUCAACCAUUUUCAUCCUAUUUCCCAUUUCUCGUUAUUCGCACGGGUUACCAACCAUUUUCAUCCUAUUUCCCCUUUCUCGUUAUUUGCACGGGUUAUCAACCAUUUUCAUCCUAUUUCCCCUUUCUCGUUAUUCGCACGGGUUAUCAACCAUUUUCAUCCUAUUUCCCCUUUCUCGUUAUUCGCACGAAUUCUCAACUAUUUUCAUCCUAUAUCCCCUUUCUCGUUAUUUGCAUGGGUUAUGAACCAUUUUCAUCCUAUUUCCACUUUCUCGUUAUUUGCACGGGUUAUCAACCAUUUUCAUCCUAUUUCCCCUUUCUCGUUAUUUGCACGGGUUAUCAACCAUUUUCAUUCUAUUCCCCCUUUCUCGUUAUUUGCACGGGUUAUCAACCAUUUUCAUCCUAUUUCCCCUUUCUCGUUAUUCGCACGGGUUAUCAACCAUUUUCCUCCUAUUUCCCCUUUCUCGAGUUAUGAACCAUUUUCAUCCUAUUUCCCUUUUCUCGUUAUUCGCACGGGUUAUCAAACAUUUUCCUCCUAUUUAACCUUUCUCAUUAUUUGCACGGGUUAUCAACCAUUUUCAUUCUAUUCCCCCUUUCUCGUUAUUUGCACGGGUUAUCAACCAUUUUCAUCUUAUUUCCCCUUUCUCGUUAUUCGCACGGGUUAUCAACCAUUUUCCUCCUAUUUCCCCUUUCUCGUUAUUCGCACGGGUUAUCAACCCUUUUCAUCCUAUUUCCCCUUUCUCUUUAUUCGCACGGGAGUUAUCAACCAUUUUCAUCCUAUUUCCCCUUUCUCGUUAUUUGCACGGGUUAUCAACCAUUUUCAUCCAAUUUCACCUUUCUCGUUAUUUGCACGGGUUAUCAACCAUUUUCAUGCUAUUUUCCCUUUCUCGUUAUUCGCACGGGUUAUCAACCAUUUUCAUCCUAUUUCCCUUUUCUCGUUAUUUGCAUGGGUUAUCAACCAUUUUCAUCCUAUUUCACCUUUCUCGUUAUUCGCACGGGUUAUCAACCAUUUUCAUGCUAUUUCCCCUUUCUCGUUAUUCGCACGGGUUAUCAACCAUUUUCCUCCUAUUUCCCCUUUCUCGUUAUUUGCAUGGGUUAUCAACCAUUUUCAUCCUAUUUCCCCUUUCUCGUUAUUUGCACGGGUUAUCAACCAUUUUCAUCCUAUUUCCCCUUUCUCGUUAUUCACACGGGUUAUCAACCAUUUUCAUUCUAUUCCCCCUUUCUCGUUAUUUGCACGGGUUAUAAACCAUUUUUAUCCUAUUUCCCCUUUCUCUUUAUUCGCACGGGUUAUCAACCAUUUUCAUCCUAUUUCCCCUUUCUCGUUAUUUGCACGGGUUAUCAACCAUUUUCAUCCUAUUCCCGCUUUCUCGUUAUUCGCACGGGUUAUCAACCAUUUUCAUCCUAUUUCCCCUUUCUCGUUAUUUGCAUGUGUUAUCAACCAUUUUCACCCUAUUUCCCCUUUCUCGUUAUUUGCAUGGGUUAUCAACCAUUUUCAUCCUAUUUCCCCUUUCUCUUUAUUUGCACGGGUUUAUUUUUGCACGGGUUAUCAACUAUUUUCAUCCUAUUUCCCCCUUUCUCGUUAUUUGCACGGUUUAUCAACCAUUUUCAUCCUAUUUCCCCUUUCUCGUUAUUUUACGGGUUAUCAACCAUUUUCAUCCAAUUUCCCUUUCUCAUUUUCAUCCUAUUUCCCCUUUCUCGUUAUUUGCACGGGUUAUCAACCAUUUUCAUCCUAUUUCCCCUUUCUCGUUAUUUGCAUGGGUUAUCAACCAUUUUCAUCCUAUUUCUCCUUUCUCGUUAUUUGCACGGGUUAUCAUCCAUUUUCAUUCUAUUCCCCCUUUCUCGUUAUUUGCACGGGUUAUCAACCAUUUUCAUCCUAUUUCCCCUUUCUCGUUAUUUGCACGGGUUAUCAACCAUUUUCAUCCUAUUUCCCCUUUCUCGUUAUUCGCACGGGUUAUCAACCAUUUUCAUCCUAUUUCCCCUUUCUCGUUAUUUGCACGGGUUAUCAACCAUUUUCAUCCUAUUUCCCCUUUCUCGUUAUUCGGACGAGGGUUAUCAACCAUUUUCAUCCUAUUUCCCCUUUCUCGUUAUUUGCACGGGUUAUCAACCAUUUUCAUCCUAUUUCCCCUUUCUCGUUAUUUGCGGGUUAUCAACCAUUUUCAUCCUAUUUCCCUUUCUAUUUAUUCCGCAAACUGUCAACCAUUUUCCAUCCUAUUUUUCUCGUUAUUUGCAUGGUUAUCAACCAUUUUCAUCCCUAUUUCCCCUUUCUCGUUAUUUGCAGGGUUAUCAACCAUUUUCAUCCUAUUUCCCCUUUCUCGUUAUUUGCGGGUUAUCAACCAUUUUCAUCCUAUUUCCCCUUUUCUCGUUAUUUGCACGGGUUAUCAACCAUUUUCAUCCCUAUUUCCCCUUUCUCGUUAUUUGCAUGGGUUAUCAACCAUUUUCAUCCUAUUUCCCCUUUUCGUUAUUUGCACGGGUUAUCAACCAUUUUUUCAUCCUAUUUAACCCUUUUCUCGUUAUUUGCAGGUUAUCAACCAUUUUCAUCCUAUUUCCCUUUCUCGUUAUUUUGCACGGGUUAUCAACCAUUUUCAUCCUAUUUCCCCUUUUCGUUAUUCGCACGGGUUAUCAACCAUUUUCAUCCUAUUUCCCCUUUCUCGUUAUUUCGUUAUCAAACAUUUUCAUCCUUCCCUUUUCGGGUUAUCAACCAUUUUCAUCCUAUUUCCCCUUUCUCGUUAUUCGCACGGGCUAUCAAACAUUUUCCUCCUAUUUCCCCUUUCUUGUUAUUUGCACGGGUUAUCAACCAUUUUCAUCCUAUUUCCCCUUUCUCGUUAUUCGCACGGGUUAUCAACCAUUUUCAUCCUAUUUCCCCUUUCUCGUUAUUCGCACGGGCUAUCAAACAUUUUUCUCCUAUUUCCCCUUUCUUGUUAUUUGCACGGGUUAUCAACCAUUUUCAUUCUAUUCUCCCUUUCUCGUUAUUUGCAGGAGUUAUCAACCAUUUUCAUCCUAUUUCCCCUUUCUCGUUAUUUGCACGGGUUAUCAACCAUUUUCAUCCUAUUUCCCCUUUCUCGUUAUUCGCACGGGUUAUCAACCAUUUUCAUCCUAUUUCCCCUUUCUCGUUAUUUGUAUGGGUUAUCAACCAUUUUCAUCCUAUUUCCCCUUUCUCGUUAUUCGCAUGGGUUAUCAACCAUUUUCCUCCUAUUUCCCCUUUCUUGUUAUUUACAGGAGCUAUCAACCAUUUUCAUCCAAUUUCCCCUUUCUCGUUAUUCGCACGGGUUAUCAACAAUUUUCAUCCUAUUCCCCCAUUUUUCUCGUUAUUCGCAUUUGGGUUAUCAACCAUUUUCAUUCCUAUUUUCCCUUUUUCUCGUUAUUUGCACGGGUUAUCAACCAUUUUCAUCCUAUUUCCCCUUUCUCGUUAUUCGCACGGGUUAUCAACCAUUUUCAUCCUAUUUCCCCUUUCUCGUUAUUUGCACGGGUUAUCAACCAUUUUCAUCCUAUUUCCCCUUUCUCGCUAUUUCCACUUUCUCGUUAUUUGCACGGGUUAUCAACCAUUUUCAUCCUAUUUCCCCUUUCUCGUUAUUUGCACGGGUUAUCAACCAUUUUCAUCCUAUUUCCCCUUUCUCGUUAUUUGCACGGGUUAUCAACCAUUUUCAUCCUAUUUCCCCUUUCUCGUUAUUCGCACGGGUUAUCAACCAUUUUCAUCCUAUUUCCCUAUUUCUCGUUAUUUUUGGGUUAUCAACCAUUUCAUCCUAUUUUCCCCUUUUAUUAUUUGGGUUAUAAACCAUUUUCCUCCUAUUUCCCCUUUCUCGUUAUUUGCACGGGUUAUCAACCAUUUUCAUCCUAUUUCCCCUUUCUCGUUAUUUGCACGGGUUAUCAACCAUUUUCAUUCUAUUCCCCCUUUCUCGUUAUUUGCACGGGUUAUCAACCAUUUUCAUCCUAUUUCCCCUUUCUCGUUAUUUGCAUGGGUUAUCAACCAUUUUCAUCCUAUUUCCCCUUUCUCGUUAUUUGCACGGGUUAUCAACCAUUUUCAUCCUAUUUCCCCUUUCUCGUUAUUUGCACGGGUUAUCAACCAUUUUCAUCCUAUUUCCCCUUUCUCGUUAUUCGCACGGGUUAUCAACCAUUUUCAUCCUAUUUCCCCUUUCUCGUUAUUUGCAGGGGUUAUCAACCAUUUUCAUCCUAUUUCCCCUUUCUCGUUAUUUGCACGGGUUAUCAACCAUUUUCAUCCUAUUUCCCUUUUCUCGUUAUUCUCGUUUUGGGUUAUCAACCAUUUUCAUCCUAUUUCCCCUUUCUCGUUAUUUUUUCAUGGGUUAUCAACCAUUUUCAUCCUAUUCCCCUUUCUCGUUAUUUGCACGGGUUAUCAACCAUUUUCAUUUCUAUUUUCAUCCCCCUUUCUCGUUAUUCUCACGGGUUAUCAACCAUUUUUUCUAUUCCCUUUUCGUCGUUUUACGGGUUAUCAACCAUUUUUCAUCUAUUUUAUUUCUCGUUAUUCGCACGGAUUUAUCAACCAUUUUCAUCCUAUUCCCCCUUUCUCGUUAUUUGCACGGGUUAUCAACCAUUUUCAUCCUAUUUCCCUUUCUCGUUAUUCACGGGUUAUCAACCAUUUUCAUCCUAUUUCCCCCUUUCUCGUUAUUUGCACGGGAACCAUUUUAUCAACCCUUUUCCUCCUAUUUCCCCUUUCUCAUUAUUUAUUUUGGGUUAUCAACCAUUUUCAUCCCUAUUUCCCCUUUUCGUUAUUUUGCACUCAACCAUUUUCAUCCUAUUUCCCUUUCUCGUUAUUUGCACGGGUUAUCAACCAUUUCCCCUUUUCAUUCUGUUUCAAUCCCCUUUCUCGUUAUUUGCACGGGUUAUCAACCAUUUUCAUCUAUUUCCCCUUUUCUUUUUAUUUUGGGUUAUCAACCAUUUUUCAUCUCUAUUUCCCUUUUCUCGUUAUUUUGCACGGGUUAUCAACCAUUUUCAUCCUAUUUCCCCCUUUCUCGUUAUUUUUGGGUUAUCAACCAUUUUCAUCCUAUUUCCCUUUCUCGUUAUUUGCAUGGGUUAUCAACCAUUUUCAUCCUAUUUCCCCUUUCUCGUUAUUUGCUUUGGGUUAUCAACCAUUUUUCAUCCUAUUUCCCCUUUCUCUUUUAUUUGCACGGGUUAUCAACCAUUUUCAUCCUAUUUCCCUUUCUCGUUAUUUGCACGGGUUAUCAACCAUUUUCAUCCUAUUUCCCUUUCUCGUUAUUUGCACGGUUUAUCAACCAUUUUCAUCCUAUUUCCCCUUUCUCGUUAUUCUUUGGGUUAUCAACCAUUUUCAACUUUUCCCUUUCUCGUUAUUUGCACGGGUUAUCAACCAUUUUCAUCCUAUUUCCCCUUUCUCGUUAUUCGCACGGGUUAUCAACCAUUUUCAUCCUAUUUCCCCUUUCUCGUUAUUUCGCGGGUUAUCAACCAUUUUCAUCCUAUUUCCCCUUUCUCGUUAUUUGCAUGGGUUAUCAACCAUUUUCAUCCUAUUUCCCCUUUCUCGUUAUUUGCACGGGUUAUCAACAAUUUUCAUCCUAUUUCCCCUUUCUCGUUAUUUGCACGGGUUAUCAACCAUUUUCAUCCUAUUCCCCCCUUUCUCGUUAUUUGCAUGGGUUAUAAACCAUUUUAUCAUUUCCCCUUUCUCUUUAUUCCCAUUUUCAUCCUAUUUCCCCUUUCUCGUUAUUUGCACGGGUUAUCAACCAUUUUCAUCCUAUUUCCCCUUUCUCGUUAUUUGCACGGGUUAUCAACCAUUUUCAUCCUAUUUCCCCUUUCUCGUUAUUUGCAUGGGUUAUCAACCAUUUUCAUCCUAUUUCCCCUUUCUCGUUAUUUGCAUGGGUUAUCAAACCAUUUUCAUCCCUAUUUCCCCUUUUCUCGUUAUUUGCACGGGUUAUCAACCAUUUUUCAUCUUUCCCCCCUUUCUCGUCAUUUGCGGGGUUAUCAACUUUUCAUCUAUUUCCCCUUUCUCGUUAUUCGCACGGGUUAUCAACCAUUUUCAUCCUAUUUCCCCUUUCUCGUUAUUUGCACGGGUUAUCAACCAAUCUAUUUCCCCUUUCUCGUUAUUUUUUCAUCAACCAUUUUCAUCCUUUCUCGUUAUUUGCAUGGGUUAUCAACCAUUUUCAUCCUAUUUCCCCUUUCUCGUUAUUCGCACGGGUUAUCAACCAUUUUCAUCCUAUUUCCCCUUUCUCGUUAUUUACAGGAGUUAUCAACCAUUUUCAUCCUAUUUCCCGUUUCUCGUUAUUCGCACGGGUUAUCAACCAUUUUCAUCCUAUUUCCCCUUUCUCGUUAUUUGCACGGGUUAUCAACCAUUUUCAUCCUAUUUCCCCUUUCUCGUUAUUUGCACGGGUUAUCAACCAUUUUCAUCCUAUUUCCCCUUUCUCGUUAUUCACGGGUUAUUUCCAUUUCAUACUAUUUCCCUUAUUCAACUAUUUUCAUGCAUAUUUCCCCUUUCUCGUUAUUUGCAGGGUUAUCAACCAUUUUCAUCCUAUUUCCCCUUUCUCGUUAUUCGCACGGGUUAUCAACCAUUUUCAUCCUAUUCCCCUUUUCUCUUUAUUUGCACGGGUUAUCAACAUUUCACCUAUUUCCCCUUUCUCGUUUUUCGCAGGUUAUCCAUUUUCGUCCUAUUUCCUUUCUCGUUAUUUGCAAGGGUUAUCAACCAUUUUCAUCUAUUUCAUCCUUUCCCCUUUCUCGUUAUUUGCAAGGGGUUAUCAACCAAUCCAUUAUUUUCAUCAUUUCAUAUUUCCCCUUUCUCGUUAUUUUGCAGGGUUAUCAACCAUUUUCAUCCUAUUUCCCCUUUCUCGUUAUUUGCAUGGUUAUCAACCAUUUCAUUCUAUUUCCCCUUUCUCGUUAUUUGCACGGGUUAUCAACCAUUUUCAUCUUAUUUCCCCUUUCUCGUUAUUCGCACGGGUUAUCAACCAUUUCUCCUAUUUCCCCCUUUCUCUAUUUCAACCCUUUUCAUCGUUACUUUCUCGUUAUUCACGGGUUAUCAACCAUUUUCAUCCUAUUUCCCUUUUCUCGUUAUUCGCACGGGUUAUCAACCAUUUUUUUCUAUUUCCCCUUUCUCGUUAUUCGCGGGGUUAUCCCAUUUUCAUCUAUUUCUCGUUAUUUGCAGGGGUUAUCAACCAUUUCAUCCUAUUUCCCCUUUCUCGUUAUUCCUUUUGGGUUAUCAACCAUUUUUCAUCCUAUUUCCUUUCUCGUUAUUCGCACGGGUUAUCAACCAUUUUCAUCCUAUUUCCCUUUUUCGUUAUUUCAGGCUAUCAACCAUUUUCAUCCUAUUUCCCUUUCUCGUUAUUCACGGGUUUUCAACCCCCCUAUUUCCCUUUCUCGUUAUUCGCACGGGUUAUCAACCAUUUUCAUCCUAUUUCCCCUUUCUCGUUAUUUGCAUGGGUUAUCAACCAUUUUCAUCCUAUUUCCCCUUUCUCGUUAUUUGCACAUUUUUUAUCAACCAUUUUUCAUCCUAUUUCCCAUUUUCUCGUUAUUCAUUAUUUUGGGUUAUAAACCAUUUCAUCUAUUUCCCCUUUCUCUUUAUUAUUUCAUUUGCACGGGUUAUCAACCAUUUUCAUCUAUUUCCCCUUUCUCGUUAUUUGCACGGGUUAUCAACCAUUUUUCAUCCUAUUUCCCCUUUCUCGUUAUUUCGUAUCGGGUUAUCAACCAUUUUCAUCUCUUUCCCCUUUCUCGUUAUUUGUUAUCAACGGGUUAUCAACCAUUUUCAUCCUAUUUCCCCUUUCUUGUUUUUCGGGUUUAUUUUCAUGUUCGUUAUUCCUUUGGGUUAUCAACCAUUUUCAUCCUAUUUCCCUUUCUCGUUAUUUGCACGGGUUAUCAACCAUUUUCAUUUCCCUAUUCCCCCCUUUCUCGUUAUUUGCAGGGUUUAUCAACCAUUUUCAUCCCUAUUUCCCCCGAAUUUUCUCAUUAUUUCCCCUUUCUCGUUAUCAACCAUUUUUCAUCCUAUUUCCCCUUUCUCGUUAUUCCUUUUGGGUUAUCAACCAUUUCAUCCUAUUUCCCCCUUUCUCGUUAUUUCCCAUGGGUUAUCAACCAUUUUUCAUUCUAUUUCCCCUUUCUCGUUUUUGCAGGAGUUAUCAACCAUUUUCAUCUAUUUCCCCUUUUCUCGUUAUUUGCAGAGGGUUAUCAACCAUUUUCAUCCUAUUUCCCCUUUCUCGUUAUUUGCAUGGUUAUCCAACCAUUUUCAUCCUUUUCCCCUUUCUCGUUAUUUCUUUGGGUUAUCAACCAUUUUUCCUAUUCCCCUUUCUCGUUAUUUACAGGGGUUCUCAACCAUUUCAUCCUAUUUCCCUUUCUCAUUAUUCGUUGGGUUAUCAACCAUUUUCAUCCCUAUUUCCCCUUUCUCGUUAUUUGCACGGGUAACCAUUUUAUCUAUUUCCCAUUUCUCGUUAUUUUUCAUGUUUUCUAUUUCCCCUUUCUCGUUAUUUGCACGGGUUAUCAACCAUUUCAUCCUAUUUCCCCUUUUCUCGUUAUUUGCACGGGUUAUCAACCAUUUUCAUCCUAUUUCCCCUUUCUCGUUAUUCUUUUUGGGUUAUCAACCAUUUUCAUCCAAUUCCCCCUUUCUCGUUAUUUGCACGGGUUAUCAACCAUUUUCAUCCCUGUUUCCCCUUUCUCGUUAUUUGCUGGGUUAUCAACCAUUUCAUUCUUUCUCCUUUCUCGUUAUUUGCAGGUUAUCAACCAUUUUUCAUCCUAUUCCCCCUUUCUCGUUAUUUUUUUUGGGUUAUCAACCAUUUUCAUCUAUUUCCCCUUUCUCAUUAUUUGCAGGGGUUAUCAACCAUUUUCAUCCUAUUUCCCCUUUCUCAUUAUUUCGCAGGAGUUUAUCAACCAUUUCAUCACCUUUCUCGUUAUUUCCCCAUUUUUUCUAUUUCCUUUUAUUUUCACGGGUUAUCAACCAUUUUCAUCAUUUUCGUUAUCAACCAUUUUUCCUCUUUCCCCCUUUCUCGUUAUUUGCACGGGUUAUCAACCAUUUUCAUCCUAUUUCCCCUUUCUCUUUAUUCGCACGGGUUAUCAACCAUUUUCAUCCUAUUUCCCCUUUCUCGUUAUUUGCAUGGGUUAUCAACCAUUUUCAUCCUAUUUCCCCUUUCUCGUUAUUUGCAGGGGUUAUCAACCAUUUUCAUCCUAUUUCCCCUUUCUCGUUAUUUGCACGGGUUAUCAACCAUUUUCAUCCUAUUUCACCUUUCUCGUUAUUUGCACGGGUUAUCAACCAUUUUCAUGCUAUUUCCCCUUUCUCGUUAUUCGCACGGGUUAUCAACCAUUUUCAUCCUAUUUCCCCUUUCUCGUUAUUUGCAUGGGUUAUCAACCAUUUUCAUCCUAUUUCCCCUUUCUCGUUAUUUGCACGGGUUAUCAACCAUUUUCAUCUAUUUCCCCUUUCUCGUUAUUCCAUGGGUUAUCAACCAUUUUCAUCCUAUUUCCCCCCUUUCUCGUUAUUUGCUUGGGUUUAUCAACCAUUUCAUCUAUUCCCCUUUUCGUUAUCUUUUGGUUAUCAACCAUUUUCCAUCUACCUUUUCCCUUUUCGUUAUUUCUUUCUCGUUGGGUUAUCAACCAUUUUCAUUCUAUUCCCCUUUCUCGGGUUUCAUCAUCUAUUUCCCCUUUCUCGUUAUUUGCACGGGUUAUCAACCAUUUUCAUCCUAUUUCCCUUUCUCGUUAUUUUGGGUUAUCAACCAUUUUCAUCCUAUUUCCCCUUUCUCUUUAUUCCUUUUGUGUUAUCAACCAUUUUCAUCUAUUUCCCCUUUCUCGUUAUUUGCGCAGGUUAUCAACCAUUUUCAUCCAAUUUCCCCUUUCUCUUUAUUUUCACGGGUUAUCAACCAUUUCAGGCUAUUUCCCCUUUCUCGUUAUUUACGGGUUUCAACCAUUUUCAUCAUUUCCCUUUCUCGUUAUUUGCGGGUUAUCAACCAUUUUCAUCCUAUUCCCCCUUUCUCGUUAUUUGCAUGGGUUAUCAACCAUUUUCAUCCUAUUUCCCCUUUCUCGUUAUUUGGGUUGGCUAUCAACCAUUUUCAUCCUAUUUCCCCUUUCUCGUUAUUCCUUUUGAGUUUAUAAACCAUUUUUCAUCCUAUUUCCCCUUUCUCGUUAUUCGCAGGAGUUAUCAACCAUUUUCAUCCUAUUUCCCCUUUCUCGUUAUUUGCACUUUGGUUUAUCAUCCAUUUCAUUUUCCCCUUUCUCAUUAUUUGCACGGAGGUUAUCAACCAUUUUCAUCUAUUUCCCCUUUCUCUUUAUUCGGACGGGUAAUCAACCAUUUUCAUCCUAUUUCCCCCUUUCUCGUUAUUUACAUUUGGGUUAUCAACCAUUUUCAUCCUAUUUCCCCUUUCUCAUUAUUCGCACGGGUUAUCAACCAUUUUCAUCCUAUUUCCCCUUUCUCGUUAUUUGCACGGGUUUAUCAUUUUCAUCCCAUUCCCUUUCUCGUUAUUUUUGGGUUAUCAACCUCAUUCCUAUUCCCCUUUCUCGUUAUUUCACGGGUUUAUCAACCAUUUCAUCUAUUUCCCCUUUCUCGUUAUUUGGGGUUAUCAACCAUUUUUCAUCCGUUAUUUCAAGGGUUUCAACCGUUAUCUGUUUUUCUCGUUAUUUACCGGGUUAUCAACCAUUUUCAUCCAUUUCCCUUUCUCGUUUUUUUUGGGUUAUCAACCAUUUCAUCCUAUUUAACCUUUCUCGUUAUUUACGGGUUAUCAACCAUUUUCAUUCUAUUCCCCUUUCUCGUUAUUUGCACGGGUUAUCAACCAUUUUCAUUUCUUUCCCCUUUCUCGUUAUUUGCAGGGGUUAUCAACCAUUUUCAUCCCUAUUUCCCCUUUUCGUUAUUCUUUGGUUAUCUUCAUUUCAUCCUUAUUUCCCCUUUCUCUUUAUUCGCACGAGUUAUCAACCAUUUUCAUCCUAUUUCCCCCUUUCUCGUUAUUCCUUUGGGUUAUCAACCAUUUUCAUCCUAUUUCCCCUUUCUCGUUAUUUGCAUGGUUAUCAACCAUUUUUCAUCCUAUUUCCCUUUUCGUUAUUUCUUUCAACCAUUUUUUCACCUUUCUCGUUAUUUUUAUCCCAUUUUCCUAUUUUCUCGUUAUUUCACUUUGGGUUAUCAACCAUUUUCAUCCUAUUUCCCUUUCUCGUUAUUUGCAGGGUUAUCAACCAUUUCAUCCCUGUUUCCCCUUUCUCGUUAUUUUCUUUGGGUUAUCAACCAUUUUCAUCCUAUUUCCCCUUUCUCGUUAUUUCGCACGGGUUAUCAACCAUUUUCAUCCUAUUUCCCCUUUCUCGUUAUUUGCAGGUUUAUCAACCAUUUUCAUUAUUUCCCCUUUUCUCCUGUUUUCAUCCUUUCCCUUUCUCGUUAUUCACGGUUAUCAACCAUUUCAUCCUAUUUCCCCUUUCUCGUUAUUUUCACGGGUUAUAAACCAUUUUCGUUAUUCCUAACCAUUUCCCCUUUCUUUUUUAUUCACAUGGGUUAUCAACCAUUUCAUCCUAUUUCCCCUUUUCUCGUUAUCAACCAUUUUCAUCUAUUUCCCCUUUCUCGUUAUUUUUGGGUUAUCAACUAUUUUUCAUCCUAUUUCCCCUUUCUCUUUAUUCACUUUUGGGUUAUCAACCAUUUUCAUCCUAUUUCCCCUUUCUCGUUAUUUUGGGUUAUCAACCAUUUCAUCCUAUUUCCCCUUUCUCGUUUUUUGCGGGGGUUAUCAACCAUUUUUCAUCGUUAUUUUGCACGGGUUUCAACCAUUUCAUCUUUCCCCUUUCUCGUUAUUCACACGGGUUAUCAACCAUUUUCAUUCUAUUCCCCCUUUCUCGUUAUUUGCACGGGUUAUCAACCAUUUUCAUGCUAUUUCCCCUUUCUCUUUAUUCGCACGGGCUAUCAACCAUUUUCAUCCUAUUUACCCUUUCUCGUUAUUUGCAUGGGUUAUAAACCAUUUUCAUCCUAUUUCCCUUUUCUCGUUAUUUACAGGAGUUAUCAACCAUUUUCAUCCUAUUUCCCGUUUCUCGUUAUUUGCACGGGUUAUCAACCAUUUUCAUCCUAUUUCCCCUUUCUCUUUAUUCGCACGGGUUAUCAACCAUUUUCAUCCUAUUUCCCCUUUCUCGUUAUUGCAUGGGGUAAUCAACCAAUUUUUCAUCCUAUUUCCCCUUUCUCUCGUUAUUUGCAUGGGUUAUCAACCAUUUCAUCCUAUUUCCUUUUUUCGUUAUUCACAUUUUUUCAACCAUUUCAUUCUAUUUCCCUUUCUCGUUAUUUCACGGGUUAUCAACCAUUUUCAUCCUAUUUCCCCUUUCUCGUUAUUCACCUUUGGGUUUAUCAACCAUUUCCUCCUAUUUCCCCUUUUCUCGUUAUUGCUCAGGUUAUCAACCAUUUUCAUCCUAUUUCCCCUUUCUCGUUAUUUGCACGGGUUAUCAACCAUUUUUCAUUCAUUCCCCCUUUCUCGUUGUUGCACGGGUUUCCCAUUUUUCCUCGUUUCCCCUUUCUCGUUAUUCGCACGGGUUAUCAACCAUUUUCAUUCUAUUUCCCCUUUCUCUUUAUUUGCACGGGUUAUCAGCAACCAUUUUCAUCCUAUUUCCCCUUUCUCGUUAUUUACAUGGUUAUCAACCAUUUCAUCCCUGUUCUCCCUUUCUCCAGUUAUCAUCCAUUUUCAUUCUUCCCCUUUUCGUUAUUUGCACGGGUUAUCAAUCAUUUUCAUCCUAUUUUUUCUCGUUAUUUUUUGAGGGUUAUCCAACCAUUUUCAUUCUAUUUCACUUUUCUCGUUAUUCGCACGGGUUAUCAACAUUUUCAUCCAUUUCCUUUCUCUUUAUUUCCUAUCAACCAUUUUCAUGCUAUUUCCUUUCUCGGGUUAUCAGCCAUUUCAUCCCUAUUUCCCCUUUCUCGUUAUUUGCAGGGUUAUCAACCAUUUCAUCCCUAUCUCCCCUUUCUCGUUAUUUUGGGUUAUCCAUUUUUCAUCCUAUUUAUCCCUUUCUCGUUAUUUUCACGGGUUAUCACAUUUUUCAUCCCAUUUCCCCUUUUCAUCCCAUUUUUCCCCUUUCCCCUUUCUUUUUAUUUGCACGGGUUAUCAACCAUUUUCAUCCCUAUUUCCCCUUUCUCGUUAUUUGCAGGGGUUAUCAACCAUUUUCAUCCUAUUUCCCCCUUUCUCGUUAUUCGCGGGGUUCAACCAUUUCAUCCAAUUUCACCUUUCUCUUUUUAUUUCAUCCAACCAUUUUCCUAUUUCCCCUUUCUCGUUAUUCCUUUUGGGUUAUCAACCAUUUUCAUCCUAUUUCCCCUUUCUCAUUAUUUGCAUGGGUUAUCAACCUUUCAUCCAUUUCUCGUUAUUCCUAUUUUCCCCUUUUUCCUCUUUCUUGUUAUUUGCAUGGUUUCAACCAUUUCAACCAUUUUCAUCCUAUUUCCCCUUUCUCGUUAUUUUGCAUUUCUGUUGUGCUUUGGGUUAUCAACCAUUUUCAUCCUAUUUUCUCCUUUCUCGUUAUUUUGCAAGGGUUAUCAUCCAUUUCAUUCUAUUCCCUUUUCUUUGUUAUUGUUCGGGUUAUCAACCAUUUCCAUUCUAUUUGUUAUUUGCAGGGUUAUCAACCAUUUUUCAUCUAUUUCCAUUUCUCGUUAUUUGCACGGGUUAUCAACCAUUUUUUCAUCCUAUUUCCCCUUUCUCGUUAUUUUGGGUUAUCAACCAUUUUCUUCCAUUUUCUUUAUUCUUUUUUUCCCCUUUUCUCGUUAUUUACCUUGGGUUAUCAACCAUUUUCAUCCUAUUUGUCACUAUCAACCAUUUUCUUUAUUUCCAUGGGUUAUCAACCAUUUUUCAUCCUGUUUCCAUUUCUCGUUUUCUCAUUUUAUUCUAUUCCCCCUUUCUCGUUAUUUUUGGUUAUCAACCAUUUUCAUCCUAUUUCGGGCCCUUUUUCUCGUUAUUUUUUUCUCGGGUUAUCAACCAUUUUCAUCCCUCUUCCCCUUUCUCGUUAUUCGUUAUCAACUUAAUUUCAUCCAUUUCCUUUCUCGUUAUUUUAUCAACCAUUUUCAUCCUAUUUCCCUUUCUCGUUAUUUGCGGGUUAUCAACCAUUUUCAUCCUAUUUCUCCUUUCUCGUUAUUUGCACGGGUUAUCAACCAUUUCAUCCUAUUUCCCCUUUCUCGUUAUUUGCAGAUUAUCAAGGUUUAUUUCAACCAUUUUCAUCCCUAUUCCCUUUCUCGUUAUUCCCGGGUUUCAACCAUUUUCCUUAUUUCCCUUUCUCGUUAUUUGCACGGGUUAUCAACCAUUUUCAUCCUAUUUCCCCUUUCUCGUUAUUUGCAGGGUUAUCAACCAUUUUCAUCCUAUUUCCCUUUCUCGUUAUUGGGUUAUCAACCAUUUUUCAUCCUAUUUCCCCUUUCUCGUUAUUUGCACGGGUUUUCAACCCAUUUUCAUCCUAUUUCCCCUUUCUCGUUGUUAUCUUUGGGUUAUCAACCAUUUCAUCAAUUCCGCCUUUCAGUUAUUUGUUGGGUUAUCAACCAUUUUCAUCCUAUUUCCCUUUCUCGUUAUUCCUUUUGGGUUAUCAACCAUUUUCAUCCCUUUUUCCCUUUUCUCGGUUUAUCAACCAUUUUCAUCCUAUUUCCCUUUCUCGUUAUUUGCACGGGUUAUCAAAUCCAUUUUCAUCCUAUUUCCCCAUUAUUUUUUUUCUCGUUAUUUGCUGGGUUUAUCAACCAUUUUCAUCCUAUUUCCCCUUUCUCGUUAUUUGUAGGAGUUAUCAACCAUUUUCAUCCUUAUAUCCCUUUUCGUUAUUUGCAUGGGUUAUCCCCUAUUUCCCUUUCUCGUUAUUUUUCAUCCUAUUUCCUUUCUCUUUUAUUCGCACGGUUAUCAACCAUUUUCAUCCUAUUUCCCCUUUCUCGUUAUUUGCACGGGUUAUCAACCAUUUUUCAUCCUAUUUCCCUUUCUCGUUAUUCACACGGGUUAUCAAAUCAUUUUCAUCCUAUUUCCCUUUCUCGUUAUUUGCAUGGAAUUUAUCAACCAUUUUCAUCCUAUUUCCCCUUUUCUCGUUAUUUACACGGGUUAUCAACCAUUUUCAUCCUAUUUCCCUUUUUCUCGUUAUUUGCACGGGUUAUCAACCAUUUUCAUUCUAUUUCACUUUUCUCGUUAUUUGCACGGGUUAUCAACCAUUUUCAUCCUAUUUCCCUUUCUCGUUAUUCAAAAAUGGGUUAUAAACCAUUUCAUUCUAUUUCCCUUUCUCGUUAUUCACAGGGGUUAUCAAACCAUUUUCAUCCUAUUUCCUUUUUCUCGUUAUUUGCAGGAGUUAUCAAACAUUUUCAUCCUAUUUCCCCUUUCUCGUUAUUCGCAUGGGUUAUCAACCAUUUUCAUCCUAUUUCCCUUUCUCGUUAUUUGCAUGGGUUUAUAAACCAUUUUCAUCCUAUUUCCUUUUUCUCGUUAUUUGCACGGGUUAUCAACCAUUUUCAUCCCUAUCCCUUUCUCGUUAUUUGCACGGGUUAUCAACCAUUUUCAUCCUAUUUCCCCUUUCUCUUUAUUUUUUGGGGUUAUCAACCAUUUUCCAUCCUAUUUCCCUUUCUCGUUAUUCGCACGGGUUAUCAACCAUUUUCAUUUUAUUUCCCUUUCUCGUUAUUUGCACGGGUUAUCAACCAUUUUCAUCUAUUUCCCUUUCUCAUUAUUUCAUGGGUUAUCAACCAUUUUCAUCCUAUUUCCCCUUUCUCGUUAUUUGCACGGGUCAUCAUCCAUUUUCAUCCUAUUUCCCCUUUCUCGUUAUUUGCAUGGGUUUAUCAACCAUUUUUCAUCCUAUUUCCCCUUUCUCGGGUUAUCAACCAUUUUCAUCCUAUUUCUCAUUUUCGUUAUUUCACGGGUUAUCAACCAUUUUCAUCCUAUUUCCCCUUUCUCGUUAUUCGCAUGGGUUAUCAACCAUUUUCAUCCUAUUUCCAUUUUCGUUAUUUGCGGGCCAUCAACCAUUUUCAUCCUAUUUUCUUCUCGUUAUUUGCACGGGUUAUAAACCAUUUUCAUUCUAUUUCCCUUUUCUGUUAUUCGCACGGGUUAUCAUCCAUUUUCAUCCUAUUUCCCCUUUCUCGUUAUUUGCACGGGUUAUCAACCAUUUUCAUCCUAUUUCCCUUUCUUAUUAUUUGCACGGGUUAUCAACCAUUUUCAUCCUAUUUUCCUUUUCUCUCGUUAUUUGCACGGGUUAUCAUCCAUUUUCAUUUUAUUUCCCCUUUCUCGUUAUUUGUUUUUUGGGUUAUCAACCAUUUUCAUCCUAUUUCCCUUUCUCGUUAUUUGCAUGGGUUAUCAACCAUUUUCAUCCCUAUUUCCCUUUCUCGUUAUUUUACGGGUUAUCAAACCAUUUUCAUCCUAUUUCCCCUUUCUCGUUAUUUGCACGGGUUAUCAACCAUUUUCAUCUAUUUCUUUCUCGUUAUUUGCAGGGGUUAUCAACCAUUUUCAUCCUAUUCCCCUUUCUCGUUAUUUGCAGGUUAUCAAACCAUUUUCAUCUAUUUCCCCUUUCUCGUUAUUCGUACGGGUUAUCAACCAUUUUCAUCCUAUUUAUCCUUUCUCGUUAUUUGCACGGUUAUCAUCCAUUUUCAUCCUAUUUCCCUUCUCAUUAUUUGCAUAAGCUAUCAACCAUUUUCAUCCUAUUUCCCCUUUCGUUAUUUGCAUGGGUUAUCAACCAUUUUUCAUCCUAUUUCCCCUUUCUCGUUAUUUAAUGGGUUAUCAACCAUUUUCAUCCCUAUUUCCCUUUCUCAUUCGUUAUUUGCACGGGUUAUCAACCAUUUUCAUCCUAUUUCCCUUUCUCGUUAUUUGCACGGGUUAUCAACCAUUUUCAUCCUAUUUCUCCUUUUUCUCGUUAUUUGGGUUAUCAUCCAUUUUCAUUCUAUUCCCCUUUUCGUUAUUUGCACGGGUUAUCAACCAUUUUCAUCCUAUUUCCCCUUUCUCGUUAUUUUUUUUGGUUAUCAACCAUUUUCAUCCUAUUUCCCUUUCUCGUUAUUCGCACGGGUUAUCAACCAUUUUCAUCCUAUUUCCCCUUUCUCGUUAUUUGCACGGGUUAUCAUCCAUUUUCAUUCUAUUCCCCCUUUCUCGUUAUUUGCACGGGUUAUCAACCAUUUUCAUCCUAUUUCCCCUUUCUCGUUAUUUGUAGGGGUUAUCAACCAUUUUCAUCCUAUUUCCCCUUUCUCGUUAUUCGCACGGGUCAUCAACCAUUUUCAUCCUAUUUCACCUUUCUCGUUAUUUGCACGGGUUAUCAACCAUUUUCAUGCUAUUUCCCCUUUCUCGUUAUUCGCACGGGUUAUCAACCAUUUUCAUCCUAUUUCCCCUUUCUCGUUAUUCGGAAUUUGCAUGGGUUAUUUCCCCUUUCCGUUAUUUUCGAGUUAUCAACCAUUUCAUCCUAUUUACUUUUCGUUAUUCGCACGGGGUUAUCAACCAUUUCCUCCUAUUUCCCCCUUCUCGUUAUUUGCACGGGUUAUCAACCAUUUUCAUCCCUAUUUCCCCUUUCUCGUUAUUUGCACGGAAUUUAUCAACCAUUUUCAUCUUAUUUCCCUUUCUCUCGUUAUUCCUUUUUGGGUAUUCAACCAUUUUUUCCCUAUUUCAUCGUUAUUUCUCGUUUAUUUGCAUGGUUUAUCAAUCAAUCCUUUUCUUUUCAUCCUAUUUCCCAUUUUUCUCGUAAUUUUUACGGGUUAUCAACCAUUUUCAUCCUAUUUCCCCUUUCUCGUUAUUUGCAUAGGUUAUCAACCAUUUCAUCCUAUUUCCCCUUUCUCGUUAUUUGCAGGAUUUAUCAACCAUUUUCAUCCUAUUCCCCUUUCUCGUUAUUUGCAGGAUUUAUCAACCAUUUUCAUCCUAUUUCCCUUUCUCAUUUAUUUGCACGGGUUAUCAACCAUUUUCAUCCUAUUUCCCCUUUCUCGUUAUUUCACGGGUUAUCAACCAUUUUCAUUCUAUUUCCCCCCUUUCUCGUUAUUUGCCGGGUUAUCAACCAUUUUUCAUCUAUUUCCCCUUUCUCGUUAUUUGCACGGGUUAUCAACCAUUUUUCAUCCUAUAUCCCCUUUUCUCGUUAUUUGCACGGGUUAUCAACCAUUUUCAUUCUAUUCCCCUUUCUCGUUAUUUGCACGGGUUAUCAACCAUUUUCAUUCUAUUUCCCCUUUCUCGUUAUUUUGUACGGGUUAUCAACCAUUUUCAUGCUAUUUCACCUUUCUCGUUAUUUGCACAGGUUUAUCAACCAUUUUCAUCCUAUUUCCCUUUCUCGUUAUUUUUGGGUUAUCAACCAUUUUUCAUCCUAUUUCCCCUUUCUCAUUAUUUGCAUGGGUUAUCAACCAUUUUCAUUCUAUUCCCACUUUCUCGUUAUUUGCACGGGUUAUCAACCAUUUUCCUCCUAUUCCCCCUUUCUCGUUAUUCGCACGGGUUAUCAACCAUUUUCCUCCUAUUCCCCCUUUCUCGUUAUUUGCACGGGUUAUCAACCAUUUUCAUCCUAUUUCCCCUUUCUCGUUAUUUGCACGGGUUAUCAACCAUUUUCAUUCCUGUUUUCCCCUUUCUCGUUAUUUGCACGGGUUAUCAACCAUUUUUCAUCCCAUUUCCCUUUCUCGUUAUUCUUUGGGGUUAUCAACCCUUUUUUCCUCCUAUUCCCGUUCGUUAUUUGCACGUGUUAUCAACCAUUUUCCUCCUAUUUCCCCUUUCUCGUUAUUCGCACGGGUUAUCAACCAUUUUCAUUCUAUUCCCCCUUUCUCGUUAUUUGCACGGGUUAUCAACCAUUUUCAUCCUAUUCCCUUCUCGUUAUUUUGGGUUAUCAACCAUUUUCCUCCUAUUCCCCCCUUUCUCGUUAUUUGCACGGGUUAUCAACCAUUUCCUCCUAUUCCCCCUUUCUCGUUAUUCAACCAUUUUCCUCCUAUUUUUAUUUUUUACGUGUUAUCAACCAUUUCCCUCCUAUUCCCUCUUUCUCGUUAUUUGCAGGAGUUAUCAACUAUUUUCAUCCUAUUUCCCUUUUCUCGUUAUUUUUUUGAGGCAAUCGCCCAUGCCGAUUUGUAA